AUGCUUAACUGCCACCUAUGCUUUGCCGGCAGCAGUUGUCUUUCCCCAGAGAUACCCCAGUCCGCAACAGGCCUUGCCCACCAGGCGGCCCGCGACGUCUAUCACCAUCCUCUUAGCUCCUCCCUCGAAGACCUCCGCCGCCAGCAACGCCUCGUCAUCCGCGCCAACAGACGGAGCCGCGUCCGCCUGCCCACCGGCCGCGUGUCGCCACCACUGCACGUGUCUGUCUACCGAAGGCUCGAGAACGUCCAUCCUGCAUCCAUUGAUGCCGCGUUCGCUGCGAAGAGAAGACGACAGGACAUGCGCCUGCGCAGGUACCUGACGAACGAGGCGCGCCCACAAUAUCCCAUUUCUGCCCCCCACAAGACUGAAUCAGUAGCAAGGCCGACUGUUGACCUUGCGACGUACCCUCAAAAGCCGAAAAUGCACUUCUCAGGCCAGAAAUCUCAUCGAAGCACCACCGGCAUGAUGUACGACAUGUACGGCAAUCAGAUCUCACGUUACAAGACGGGACCGCACCAGUACCAGAUUUCAUAA